AGCAUGGUCUGGGGCCCGGUCUCCGAGCACAUUUCAGUUGCCAAACAGACGUCGUAGCGCUCGCUCAGCUGGCGCGGAGAUUGGUUUCCGAGUGUUCGGUGUGGUUCGGCGUUCGUUUCGUUUCGUUUUGUUUCGCGUUUCCUGAGUCAUUUUCGAAUUUCACUUUUAACUGUUUGUAGGCAAGCGCGCCAACUCGAACGUACCGUUACCGCUGCACGUUACGGUUAUUUAUGUGAGUGAACGAGAGAGGAGAGCAGAGUGGAGUUGUGACCCAUCCGCCUAUACGAUACGAUACGAUACGAUGCGGACUGUGUGCGAGUAUUAUCAGCACAUGGCAUCAUCAACCUAGCAUGACAAGGCUCAAUUAGGCCGCCUAACGCUUUCAUCCAACCACCAAACACCAAGCACCAAGCCCCAGCAGCGGUCUGGACUCAAAACUCAUUCAGACAUAAACCAAGAUCUAGAACUAGAGCUUCUUCCCGCCACGCAUCGCACCACUGACCUCCUGCGGGCGAGCCAAGGCCGGCAGCAGCUGGCGGUUGAGCAGGCUUACCAUCUCCAUCUCCCUUCCCAACGCCACAUUUCUCUGCAUUUCUCUGAGCUGAACCAUCUUCUAAUACCAUCUUCUGCCGAAACCUCAACCGCAACCGAAACCGAAACACGAAUAAAAUGAAUUAUCAGAAGGCCAGUGAAAAGCAUUCGCCGUCCUCAUUGAAGCAGAGGCCGUCGGGCAACAGCGGCAGCAUACAAAACUUUUGGAACGAACGCAUUAUGGAGCGCUUUAUAAAGGCAAAUCUAUUCAUUAUAUGCUGCGUGGUGGCUGUUCUAUUGCUGAUUGUCUACCUGGGGGCCUUCUCGUGUGAGGUCUCGUGGAUACUGGAGGCCCAUGGAGAGCUUCCCUUCGCCGCCUACACCCUGUGCACCCUCUACUUUGUGAUGUUCGUGGCGACCACGAUCCUGAUCCACGGUCUGGUCAGCGGUCUGUGCUGGCCCCUGUUCGCCUGGUCAGGCAUCAUUGGCAUUCUCUCCAUCCCGGAGCUGGUCUUUGUGAUGAUCAUGACCACGCAGCACUGGGGCCUGCAGUCGGUGCACGGACUGACGGAGCUAACCUCGUACCUGAUCCGCCUGAUCAUCAACUGCUUGGCGUUGAUCUGCGUAAUACCCACGGGAAUUCGGUGGCGCCGCGAGACGCAGGUGCUCAGCCAGCUGCAGGGCCUGGCCACGCGGCUAUCUCUGCAGACCCCGGCACCCAGCGUGCCCAUGACCAAGGCGGACUCUAGGCGUUCCAGUCAGCGGCUGAGUGGCUUCGAGAAUGCCGGCUAUCAGCUGUGCGAUGAAACGGCCAAGCUGCCCCUGGGCCCCGGCUUGGGGAUGGGACUGAGCAACCAGUGCGGCGGUGGCAGCCAGGCCUAUGGCUCCCAGAACGAGUUCAAUGCCAGCAUGUUUGCCCCGGCCUUGGCCCAACAGUUCAACAACGCCGCCCAGAUGCAGCGUGCGGCAGGAGGAGGUGGAGGAGGACCGCCGGGACAUCGCGCCCAGUCUCUGAUGGACUUGCGCUGCACCUUGCCGGGAAUGUACAACCCCCGGCACGUCCUGGACACAGAGGACAAGAAUGCCAAGUACUUCAACAUAACCAUCGACGACCUUAAGAACAAUCUGCAGGACUCGCAUCGGCCGUCGCCACCCUCACUCAUCGGCUCGGCCAGCAACGAUCCCAUCUACUGCUCCAUCGAGCCGAAGCAGAUGACCCCACCGCCUGCCCAACAGCGUUCGCAACACGGACAUCGCCCUAGGGGCAGCCACAAGCAGCCGCCGCCGGGCCAGCUCUCGAGGAACUGCAUCUCCCUGGAGAACCUGGAAGGAAUCAACAAGGUGCAGAAUGACCUGAAUGCCUACGGCAACAACCUGCUGCAGAACUACACGCAGCAGCAGCAGUACUACCUGGCCAUGCUGCUCAAUCCCCUCCACCAGCAACAGCAACAGCAGAUGCAGCAACUGCAACAGCACCACCACCAGGCGGCAGGGGGCAUCUACCGCAGGCCGUCCACCUGCAGCUCGAUCGGUGGAUUCACCGGAACGGUGCUCGCCCAGCCGCGGCGCGGCUCCCACCACAGCCAGCAGAUGCAGUACUACGGGGGCUUUGGGUAUGCCAACUAUGCCAAUCCCUACAUCACGGCCAACAGCAAGCUGUCGCUGGGCAACGAGUCCGACGACUACCGCAAGUACCGCGAUGUGGCCCUGUAGGCGGUCCAGGUCCAGUCCAGUCCAGUCCAGUCAGCGCUUAGAUUAAGCUUAUAUUAUAUGUAUAUUGUAGGACAUGCUCUAAUUAGAAUGAGAUUCCUCGGAAUAACGACCAAAGAGCCACAAACUAACUCAGUUUCCGUUCGCAAACCAACAAUUGAGGAGGCAACGGCAAACUCCAGAAACUUGUUGAAAUCAUCGACUAACUAAUUAGCAACAUCAACUAGAUGUACUCUAAGUUUAGGCGUAAGCAUCGACAGCGAACAUUCAUCGUUUAAUAUUGUAGCUAGGAAUACGAAUACGAAUACGAAUAACAAUACUCGAUUACUCGAACUGAUCGGCAGUCCCAACCAUUCACAGACAGAUCGAAAACUGUACAUAUGUGUAAUUAAAAGCAAUCAUGUUUCA